CACAAUUCUUCUUCCUCAACAACCCAAAACAUUGACAGCCUCUAUGAGUUUUACAAUGAUGAGAGGUGCUACUUCGACCGGAGUAGUAGCAGUCAUGGUAAUGGUAAUGAUGCUUGUGGUAUUUAAUCAAGUAGAGAGUGCUAUUGUGAAUGCUUCAUCAUCAUCAAACAAAAAGUCUUGUGAUAUUUAUAGAGGAAGUUGGAUCUACGACACAUCUUACCCUCUCUAUGAUUCCAAGUCUUGCCCUUUCAUCCAGAAACAGUUUAACUGCAAGCCUAAUGGUCGCCCCGACAGUGAUUACCUCAAGUAUCGUUGGCAACCAACCGGAUGCAAUAUCCCAAGAUUCAACGGCUCAGAUUUUCUGGAAAGAAUAAUGAGAGGUAAGAGAUUGAUGUUCGUUGGAGACUCAUUGAGUCUAAACCAAUGGCAGUCUCUCACGUGUUUGCUCCACAACGCCGUACCAAAAGCUUUCUACACCAUGACUCGUUCCCCUUCUGGCCUCUCCACCUUCUCAUUUCCCGCUUACAAUGCAACGAUUAUGUUCUCAAGAAACGCGUUUCUAGUGGAUUUAGUGGGAGCCCCACCAAAGCGACUGAUGAAGCUCGAUUCAAUCUCGAGUGGUUCGCUGUGGAAAACCGCAGACGUUUUGGUCUUCAACUCUUGGCAUUGGUGGCUUCACGCCAACCGAAAACAACCAUGGGACGCAGUUACGUCUGGGAAUGUAACGGUUAGAGACAUGGACCGAUUAUUGGCGUAUAAGAAAGCAAUUAGGACUUGGGCUAAGUGGAUUGAUCAAAACAUUGAUCCUUCCAAAACCAAAGUCUUCUUCCAAGGUGUCUCUCCUGACCAUGCCAACUCAAGCGAUUGGUCGAAGCAAGGUGGUAAAGGCAGCUGCAUAGGAGAAACAAAGCCGGUUAUGGGAUUGAAGUAUCGGGCGGGACCACACAGAGCGGAGGUGGUGGUGGAGAAAGUGAUCAAGACGAUGAAGAAUCCGGCGAGGUUAAUGGACGUGACAUUGAUGUCACAGCUAAGGAAAGAUGGACAUCCUUCGGUAUAUGGAUUUGGAGGUCACAGGGUCCCGGACUGUAGCCACUGGUGCCUUGCUGGAGUUCCAGAUAGCUGGAACCAGCUCUUCUACUAUGAGUUGUUGCAUUCUUAAUUGAUGGAAGAUGAUGAUGGAUAGAGACUAGAGUCACGAAUUGAAUUUAUAGGCUAUAGCCUCAUUCAUUAUGUAUGUAUGGAGAUGUUUGUUUUGAUUGAUGUGUGUCUUUUAAGUUAUUUAGGUUGUUGGACUUUUGGUUAUAACUUAUAUCGACAAUCAUAAUAUAUAAAAUAAAACUAGUGUGG